AUGAGUCCCGAAGCUAAGGUUGCUGUCAGGACAAACGGCGCCGUCACCAGCAGCGAGCCGACGGCCACCGCGGCUGACGGCCUGCAAGCGGUCAUCCUCUCGCAGCCCAGCACGGCUGUGUCCUCGUCGCUCCACAAGGGUGAGCGCAGCCUGAUGCCCGCUGUCGCGCUGCUCACCACGUUCGCCGGAAUCGUGUGCGUGGGGACCGUCGCGUACGCCCUGCUGCGACCGACGCCUCAGGUGGUGCUGCCCGACUGCGAGAGCGACGACUGCUUCCAGCACGCGUACAUGCUCGUCUCGGACCUCAACCGGAGCGCCGACCCGUGCGCCAACUUUGGCGAGUACGUCUGCAGCGCCUGGCUCACCACAUCCAUCUAUUCGUUCGACACGCAGCAGGACCGCUGGCACAGAUGGAUCCAGGAGUCGGCCGAACUUCUUGGCUCACUGCGGGUGCGCCGCGGGAAGGAAGCCAUCGCCAAAGCUCUCGCGCUCUUCCACCUCUGCUCUUCCACGUCGCAGGACGACAGCUUAAGGCUCCUGCAGCAGUUCGUGAGUGACAGGAAGCUCGGGGCUCCUGUAGAUGCAACCACGUCCGGGGCACGUCAGCCCAGCAUGCACCCGCUCGACGCCCUGCUCGACCUCGCCAUCAAUUGGCAGAUGCCGUUCUGGUUCGACGUGCGCGUUCUCAAGGCCAACGGCAGUGGCCUGGGCAUCCUCAUCAGGCCCGGUCAUUACGAAGUCUUCUGGGACAAAGCCGUGGAGAAGUUCAUCAUGGAACCAUACGGCACUGAGUCCAAGGAUGGCGGGGACACGCACAGAUCUAGCAUUGCCAACGCCACCGGCGACUUCUUCGUGGACAGCGCCAUACUAUCGGAGCUCAGAAACGUCGCCAGUGGCCCGCCAAAAUCACAGCCCGUAGCAGUCCGCAUCAGAGAAAUUGCUAGCGUGACACCAAGCGUGACGUCCGAGCAGUGGCUCGAGUUUCUGCGCAAGCAUUUGGCGCCAACGUUUACGGUCACUGGCGAAGAUCAGAUUUUGCUGGUGGAUGGGGAACUGCUGGUUACAGUCAAUAGGCUACUCGAGAAAUACGAACACAAAGAUAUCCUGACUCAUAUAGCCCGCCUCGUGAACAGGACUUUCGGGAACGUCAUCAGCAAAAGGCUACAGAGCUCGGCGUACGACGAAGUUGAUUCCCUCUCGCCUCUGACGAAGGUCAGUUACGCUUGCGAAGUUCAAGUCGAAGACACGUUCAGAUUGCCGAUCGCUACACAACGCAUCGCAAAUAAGAAACUGAAUCUUUACCGUGCCACCAUCGACGACCUCCUCGGUGACGUCAUGAGAGCCACCAUCUCACUCUUUAACUCCAUCACCUGGAUGGACGCCGAGUCGAAGCAAGCGGCCAUCAAGAGGAUACAGGACACGACCAUUCACGUCUGGCCUCGUGAGCAACUGAUACACGACGAGGACGCUUUGUAUAGUCUGUACGAGAAAUUCCCCUCGGGCAGCAAGAUCUACUUCGACGAGCUGCUUCUGGUUCGGAACGCAACACGAGCAGCGCUGGGUACGCCCGCGUACGCGGAUAUCAUGUGGAUGCCUCACGGUGGUCGGGACCCGUACUUUGGCUACGACGCCUUCAGAAACUCCAUCGACUUGGCACUGGGUGCCAUCAUGCCUCCGCUAUUUUACGCCAGCGCCACCAAGAGCAUCAACUACGCAGGUGCGGCGGCUCUCCUCGCGCCGCUGGUCGCGAGUGUGUUGAACACGUCCUCGGUGUCGCUGACCGCGAGUGGUUGGGCGGUGAAGAGCGGCGAGCCGUUCCCGACGCGGCCGCCGUGCAGCGUCGGCGGCCGCAACGCUUACCCGGAUGUCGCGGCCAUCGAAGUGGCCCACAGGGCCUACAAGGAUAGCCUCGAGCGCGAUGGUCUCUCUUCCGACGUUCGAGUCCGCUCGUUCCAGGAGUUCACGGGCGAACAGCUGUUUUUCAUGUCCUUCUGCCACAACACGUGCCAGCUGGAGCGCGGCAUCAAGACAUCCGAGACGUGCAACGCGGCGCUCCGAGACUUCGAGCCUUUCGCCGCCGCUUUCAAGUGUCCCAAGGGCUCGUUCAUGAAUCCGGACAAGAAAUGCGGCUUUUUUCAUUAG